UUCGCUGCAAGUACCUAAACAUGUUAUUCCAAGAAGAAAACCAUUGUAUUAUAUUUCAUUUUUCUUUUUGACCUUUCUAUGUCUAUUUAAGCUUUGUUUGUGGGUUUGUUUUUCUUAUCCCUAAUGGCAACAGAUCGUAGAAUCCCAAAACCUUCAAAAUGGUUCCCUAACAAGAGUCUCAGAUUAAGCUUCCAUCGUCGCAGAUCAAAGUCUAGUUCAACCCUAAGCUCUCCUUCCUCUCCCUUGUCUCCAUGCACACAACGAAACAACUUGAAAGAAAAUGAACUGAAAGAAGUUUUUCGUCACUUCGAUGGGGACGGGGAUCAGAAGAUCUCAGCCUUAGAGCUUAGGUCUUACUUUGGGUCAAUUGGGGAGUACAUAUCACAUGAGCAGGCUCAAGCAGUGAUCGAUGAUCUUGACUCAGAUGGAGAUAGGUUAUUAGACUUCAAUGAUUUCUUCAAACUCAUGAAAAGGGAAGCAAAUGAAGAAGAUGAUGAUCUUAAAAAGGCAUUUGAGAUGUUUGAAAUGGAGAAGGGAUCAGGUUGCAUAACACCAAAGAGCUUGCAGAGGAUGCUUCAUCGCCUAGGAGAUGCAAAAUCCUAUGAUGAAUGUGUGGCCAUGAUCCAUGUAUUUGAUAUUGAUGGUAAUGGAGUCAUUGAUUUUCAAGAGUUCCAUCAAAUGAUGGCUUAAUUCUUUCUUUUCAUUUCUUUUAAAAUUUUUAUUUAUUGUUAUGAAAAAAUCUUGCUCUUGGUUUGAGAUUCCUAGCAUAUGUACCCAUGAGAAUAGUUGCUUCUUGUUAAAAAGUAAGUUUGGAAAUAAAGCACAGAAUGGGAUUUGAUCAUUGAAUACAUUUUAU